AUGUUCCACCAAUCAAUAGCAACAUCAAUUAGAGAAAGAGUUCAAUUAGAGCAUUCAACACAAGACCUCGUAAGCAGAUUGAGCAGUGUGCUUGGAUCUAUUGUGAAUCCUAAUGGUAAUAACGGUGUCCUUGGAAUGAGGGUAGCCCAAAGCGAUAUCAGCGUAUAAAGUUUGAAUUCCUAUGAAACUUUUCUGGCAUAUGCGAAAAUUAAUAAGGCAAUCAAUGAAUUCUGUGAUGUUCUUGAUUGUGAAACUUUAGAAAGAGAUUCUUUCAAGGAUCUAGUUAAAAUCUUGUAUUAUGAAUAAGCUGAGAAGGGUUUGGCAGCAAAAUAUUUAGCUAGCCUGGCAGAUUUAAAAGAUUACUCUGAUAAGGUAGUACUUCCUCAACUUGCCAAUACUCCAGUUACUCAAAUACCAUCAGUAAAGAAGCAAUUGAGAAGCGUGAUUGGACAAGCUGUCCUUGAUCUAGAAACUGAGAGCAAAUGA